AUAUAUAACCUGGCCUGAUAAUGCCUUGUCUGAUAUUCUGCAAUGUAUGUUUCCAGAAGCCCCAAGGAGCCAGUCUAAAUUUCAGCCUGACCAACUGCGGCCAUGUUAUCUGUGGGCAGUGUCUCCAGAAAGGUAAAAAAGAAGAGUGUAUGAUUUGCAGAGCUCCAUGUCGUACAAUAGUCCUUUCAAAAAAGGUGAAUUCAGAUAUCCAGUCACUCUUUAUGGGAUUAGAUGGGUUAUGCAGAAAAUAUUCCAAAGAAAUCACACAGAUUGCCCAGUUUCAAGAAAAACACAGAAGACAUCUAUUAACACAUUACAGAGAAAAGAUUACAAAACUGGAAGUGUAUCUUAAGAGAGCAUCACAACAAAUUCAGCAUAUACAACAAUUGCAACAUCGGAUUUCAUCAAAGGAGGUAGAAGUGCCACCUUCAGUAAGGAAAACUGAAACAGCAUCUGGCCCAACAAGGAUAUCACUGAUAAGUCCACCGCAGAAUGGACAUAUGGGUAGUGUUACAUGCAGAAGUUCUCAAUUAUCUGGAAUGACAUUUCAAAGAAACCCAGCAGGAUAUGUAAGAUCAUCUCCAUUAAAAAUGCUCAACAGUGGGAAUUCUUACAUGUCGCCUUUUGUAUCAUCGCAAAAUAGUAGAAAUCAUAUUCCAAAUACUAUUGGACAGAAAUCUACUCAGCAUUAUCAGUCCACAUCUGCAUCUUCACUCUCAUCUGGGAUAAAACACCCAAUCACUCUUGUUAACCUUUUACAAAGGCAGCAUUUAGGAGCUACUAAUCUUCCUGGAUAUUCAUUACAAAAAUAAAAUUACCUGCAACCUUCGUUAGAGAGGAAGAACUCAUCUAUUCUAUAUUUUAUUUUUUUAUAGAAAUAUACAAUGCAUACCAUUCUAAUACUUGAUCUGGUUUGAUUAAACACUA